GUCUUGAUUUUCAAUGCUUUUAUUCAUCUCCUUGGACUUAUUAAUCCAUAUUCUGCUUUGACCAUUUGGACAAAUACUAUUCAAUCCAUCCAAUACCAAGUGUGUGUUUGUUUGUUUUGUUCAUGAAGAUAGAUAGAUAGAUGGAUAUGGAUAGAUCAUAGAUAGAUAGAUAUCAAUUUGCUUAUUCCCAGCUGUUCCGGGGAAGAAGAAGAUUAAUUGAUAAAUAUAAAAUUUUAUUCAAGGUGGAUCCAAGGCAUGGGAAGAGGCCCUGUUCAUCGGAAGAGUCGUCGGAGAAGAAAGAACAAGCAGAAGAAGACAACAUUUUGUUUCCUGUCAUCUCAGAUCGGUCCCAGCAUGAUAUGAUGGCCAUGGUUUCUGCUCUUUCUCAAGUUAUUGGGAGCACUACUAGUACUACUCCAACUUCUCAUUUUCAUGCUUCCAACAACCCAUUACCCUCCAUCGCAUCUCAACCCAACCCAUCUCAUCCCCCCAGUCAAGUCGACCCAGUUGCUGGUGGGCAGAAGAGGAGACACUAUAGAGGAGUGAGACAAAGGCCAUGGGGGAAAUGGGCAGCUGAGAUUCGGGACCCGAAGAAGGGAGCCCGAGUCUGGCUCGGCACCUUCGACACGGCCGAGGGUGCUGCGCUGGCUUAUGAUGAAGCAGCUCUUCGAUUCAAAGGAAACAAAGCCAAGCUGAACUUCCCCGAAAGGGUUCAAGCAGGCACAACUCACUUCACUGCUAAUUACCCUACAACUACUACUCAUAAUCAUCAAGAUUUGCGCCUUGUUACCGCAUCAUCACAACCUCAUAAUUGGGAUUAUCAUCAUAAUAAUAUUGCUAAUCCUCCUAUUCCUAUUCCAUCUCAACAAUUUUAUCCCAAUCUUCUUCACUAUCAACAGCUUCUUCAGAGCGGGAGCAAUGAAUAUGGCAUUAAUUCUGCUCCUAAUUACUCUACGUUUGUUAAUUCUGAUCCGUCAUUAGCCACUGCUUUUUCUACUGCUGCUCCUUCGGCAUCUCAACAAGCACAAGAAGGCCAGAUUAUAAGAUUUAAUUCAUCAAUACCGCAGAAUAUCGAAAGCUCUUCUUCUGCUUCUUAUCCUCCUCAUCAUGACCAGCGUGGGGAUGACUUCGAGGCUGACUACUCAAGAAGGUGAUGGGAUAACCAGCUGAUUAAUAUUGAUGAUGAUCACCAAAUAUUGCAAACUACUGUAAAAGGUGAACUUGGCGCUGCUCUUUCUUCUUGUAUGAUUAAUUAGUUGUUGCUUUCCUUUACAAGCUUAAAAUGCAUUUUCA